UAGUAGUUGACAAUUCUGUUAAGUUGACCUAACGAUUCAAGUAGUUUUAGAUUAGCUUAAAAUUUGAUAGAAUUUAAACACUUGCAGUUUCCUAACUGUGAAGUUUUUGUUGUUUAUUUAAUUAACGUGACUUUAACCAGAACUUCAGGGCCGCGUUGAACCAACUGGCGGAACAGGCAGAAGAGUAGGGAAACCGCGUGCACGGUGGGGAGAUCAAGUGAAUGGUGAUAUCCGGAAGAUCUGUAACCUGGGAAAUUGGAGAGUAGCUGCACAAGACCAAGAAAGAUGGAAGCGUCUUCUUGCUACAGCACGCGUACCUGGUGCGCUAUGCUGAUUUGUCAGGACCACAGUUCUGACUAUUUCGUCCGAUGCACGAAGUGAUUUAGCCUGACUUUUUCGGCACCUUCAGCAAACGUCAAAACAAUACAAACUUGUUGCCGGAUCUUUUCCCAAAAGCCAAUGGAUGUCAACCUCCCGGAAUGCUGCGGCUCCGGCUGCACCAACUGCGUUCUCGAUCGCAAAACCGCAAAACCGCCCACUUCCGCCGCACCAAACAUCCUGGACAACAGCUACCGCACCUUCCAGGUCGCCAGCAUCGCCAAAUGCACGGCAAACACGUUCCUGUUUCGGUUCCGCUAUGCCGGCUCGCAUGCCGACUCCGACAGGCAGCUGGCGAUCCCACCGGGAAGUCACCUGAUGUUGCGAGCCGAGCGGGGCUUUCGCGACGCGCGUCGUCCUGUGGCCAAGAUCUUUGAGCAGUGGCGUUGCGGCAAACGGGGGAUUGAGGUGCGACCACGUGGUCACAUCACCAGGGUGGAAAAGUACGACAAAGCUGAGCGGGAUUUGUACUUUAGCAGACCUUACACGCCGCUUCGGGUGGAUCGUGAUGGGAAGGCGUUUGAGGUUCUGGUGAAGUUGGAGACGGGGGGUGAGAUGUCGGAGUAUUUCACGACGCUGGAUGUCGGGGUGGUGACGGAGUGGAAGGGCGUUUACGGGGGGUUUAGUUGGGUCAGGGAUAGGUGGAAGAAUUUUGUGGGUUUUGGGCAGGGUGUAGGACUGGCUCCGAUUUACUCGAUUAUGGCUGGAGUUUUGGACGAUGAAGAAGAUGAAACAAGACUAAAUUUGCAGUACUGUUGUAGCGAUCUGGAUGGAGUUUUGAUGAGAUCGGAAUUGCAAGCGAUGGCAAAGUACUGGAAUUUCGGAUACAGCAUUUAUCUCUCCAGAGAGAGUUGUUCUUGUGAAGGAAAACUCGCUAGAAGUUGCAAAUGCUUGUCAUCCAGGAUUAAGUACAAUGAACCCAUUUUCAAUCACAGAUUGGAAGAGGUUGACAUAGAAAAUGUAUUGAAAAAGCUUGUAAACGGUUCGUUCCACGUGCUUAUUUGUGGAAACGAAUCCUUCACAAAGUUUGUAGAAAGUUGUGUAACAAGGUUAGGUAUAAGCGACUACUAUAAAUUUUAAUAAAAAGAGAACGCACUUUUGUAACACCUA